UCCAGGAAGACUUUCUCUGGCAUUGAGGUAAACAGAUAACGCUUUUCUCCAAGACACCUACCGUGCAGUUAGUGGCCCCGACGCGCCGUUUGUCGAGAUGGCGGAGACCAGAGAUAAAACUACCGACCAGAUGAAGAUAUGGAAGGAGAACCGAGGCUCCCAGAGACCAGAUGUGCUAACGACAGGAGGUGGCCAUCCCGUUGGGGACAAGCUCAACCUGCAGACUGCGGGGCCAAGGGGCCCUCUGCUCGUGCAGGAUGUGGUCUUCACCGAUGAGAUGGCCCACUUCGACCGGGAGCGAAUCCCAGAGAGAGUGGUGCACGCUAAAGGCGCAGGCGCGUUCGGCUACUUUGAGGUCACUCACGACAUCACUCGCUACUGCAAGGCCAAGGUGUUUGAACAUGUUGGGAAAACGACUCCCAUCGCUGUCCGGUUCUCCUCUGUGGCUGGGGAGUCUGGAUCAGCCGACACCGUCCGAGACCCCCGAGGCUUCGCUGUAAAGUUUUACACCGAGGAGGGGAACUGGGACCUGACGGGCAACAACACCCCCAUCUUCUUCAUCAGGGACGCAAUGCUUUUCCCGUCCUUCAUUCAUUCCCAGAAGCGUAACCCUCAAACCCACAUGAAGGAUCCUGACAUGGUGUGGGACUUCUGGAGCCUGAGGCCUGAGAGUCUGCAUCAGGUGUCGUUCCUGUUCAGCGACCGAGGCCUGCCUGACGGCCACCGCCACAUGAACGGCUACGGUUCCCACACCUUCAAGCUGGUCAACGCUGACGGCGAAUGCAUCUACUGCAAGUUCCAUUACAAGACUGAUCAAGGAAUAAAAAACCUGUCUGUGGAGGAGGCGGACCGCCUCGCAGCCACCAACCCAGACUACAGCAUCGGAGACCUGUUCAACGCCAUCGCUAACGGCGACUUUCCGUCCUGGACCUUUUACAUCCAAGUCAUGACCUUUGACCAGGCGGAGAGGUUCCAGUUCAACCCCUUUGAUGUCACCAAGGUGUGGUCGCAUAAGGAGUUCCCUCUGAUCCCUGUGGGCAAACUGGUCCUCAACCGGAACCCGGUCAACUACUUCGCAGAGGUGGAGCAGCUGGCCUUUGACCCCAGCAACAUGCCUCCAGGCAUCGAGGCCAGCCCCGACAAGAUGCUGCAGGGUCGGCUCUUCUCCUACCCAGACACGCAUCGCCAUCGCCUGGGAGCCAACUACCUGCAGAUCCCGGUCAACUGUCCCUUCAGGGCCCGCGUGGCCAACUACCAACGAGACGGCCCCAUGUGCAUGUCUGAUAACCAGGGUGGCGCUCCAAACUACUACCCCAACAGCUUCAGCGCCCCUCAGAACCAGCCUCGCUUCGUGGAGACCAGGUUCGGCGUUUCGCCCGACGUCGCCCGUUACAACAGCGGAGACGAAGACAACGUGACGCAGGUCCGGGCCUUCUACACCCAGGUGCUGAACGAGGACGAGCGCCAGCGGCUGUGCCAGAACCUUGCCGGGUUCCUGAAGGGAGCCCAGCUCUUCAUCCAGAAACGAAUGGUGGAAAACCUGAAGGCCGUCCAUCCAGACUACGGGAACCGGGUCCAGACCUUACUCAACAAGUACAACGCCGAAGCCAAGAAGAACACGAACGUCCGCGUCUACGGCCGUCCAGGAGCCGCCGCCAUCGCCGCGUCCUCCAAGAUGUGAUCAGCAGAUCGGCUCACAUGACCACCGACUGGCUCCACCAGCAGCUGGAUCAGCCUCAGCGGCCUAAUUACUGUCGCCGUAGUUUGCUUGAGCUUGGUUUUGGUUCAUUGCAAAACAGUCAAUCCUUACUUUUUUAAUUAAUUAUCAAAAAUUAAUUUUAUUGCAUUGAAUGCUGUAAGGUAACACUGUUGAGAUUAGGCUGCAGUUUUAUUAAAUUACCUUUAAUACAUCGACGCCUUAUUACUGUUUCAGUUAAAUUCAGCUAACCAACAAAAACUGAUGAACCUUUUCUCUAAUGUUGUAAUACUGGAAGAUGUUUGUAGCGACUCAAACAAAGUUAAUUUUGAAAGAACAUCUGUUUGAAACGAUGCUGAUCUUUGUGCCUGGCUCGUACCGCAACGCGACCGAUCGCUUGGUAAAGCUUCUGGUUUUGCUGAGGACAUUAUUAACGUCUGAGUUGUUUAACUCGGACUUGACUGAAUCACUCACUGUUGAAUGUUAAUAUAGAAAUGUAUUAAUCUGUUUUCAAAUAAUAAAAUCAUUCAAAAUAUU